AAACACGCGUGCGCGCGGCAGACGGGCGGGCGGGUGCGCUCGCUGUCUCAGCCGCCGGCGCCGGGCGCAGUCCACCUUUUUCCGGAGCACCCCGGCCACGGUGCUAAUCGAUAGCAGCAGCAGCCGCCACCGCAGCAGUCCGCACUGGGGGACCGAGGGCUUUGGAAAAAGGCGGGGUUGACGGCUCUUUGCUAGGAGUGGGCUGGACCGGACGCCAGAGACAAAGGCUCUCAAGACAAGAGGGACUGUGGCCCUGCGACGGCGCUGCUCGGGAUUUUUGACCCCAGGACUUUUCGCCCCUUCGUUUUUCUCUUCUGACGCUUCUCUCAUCUUAAGCCCGCGUCCCCUCACCCACGACCUCGCUCCUCACCGGGAGGGCCGCGAUGGAGGUCCCGCCCCGGCUUUCCCAUGUGCCGCCGCCAUUGUUCCCCUCCGCUCCCGCUACUUUAGCCUCCCGCAGCCUUUCCCAUUGGCGGCCGCGGCCGCCGCGGCAGCUCGCCCCGCUCCUCCCUUCGCUCGCUCCCAGCUCCGCCCGGCAGGGGGCGCGCCGGGCCCAGCGCCACGUCACCGCCCAGCAGCCCUCCCGAUUGGCGGGCGGGGCGGCUAUAAAGGGAGGGCGCAGGCGGCGCCCGGAUCUCUUCCGCCGCCAUUUUAAAUCCAGCUCCAUACAACGCUCCGCCGCCGCUGCUGCCGCGACCCGGACUGCGCGCCAGCACCACACGGCCGACAACUCCGCCACCAUGGAGGAUAUGAACGAGUACAGCAACAUAGAGGAAUUCGCAGAGGGAUCCAAGAUCAACGCGAGCAAGAAUCAGCAGGAUGACGGUAAAAUGUUUAUUGGAGGCUUGAGCUGGGAUACAAGCAAGAAAGAUCUGACUGAAUAUUUGUCUCGAUUUGGGGAAGUUGUAGACUGUACAAUUAAAACAGAUCCAGUGACUGGAAGAUCAAGAGGAUUUGGAUUUGUGCUUUUCAAAGAUGCUGCUAGUGUUGAUAAGGUUUUGGAACUGAAAGAACACAAAUUGGAUGGCAAAUUGAUAGACCCCAAAAGGGCCAAAGCUUUAAAAGGGAAAGAACCUCCCAAAAAGGUUUUUGUGGGUGGAUUGAGCCCAGAUACUUCUGAAGAACAAAUUAAAGAAUAUUUUGGAGCCUUUGGAGAGAUUGAAAAUAUUGAACUUCCCAUGGAUACAAAAACAAAUGAAAGAAGAGGAUUUUGUUUUAUCACAUAUACAGACGAAGAGCCAGUAAAGAAAUUGUUAGAAAGCCGAUACCAUCAAAUUGGUUCUGGGAAGUGUGAAAUCAAAGUUGCACAACCCAAAGAGGUAUACAGGCAGCAACAGCAACAACAAAAAGGAGGAAGAGGUGCUGCAGCUGGUGGACGAGGUGGUACUAGGGGUCGUGGACGAGGUCAGGGCCAAAACUGGAACCAAGGAUUUAAUAACUAUUAUGAUCAAGGAUAUGGAAAUUACAAUAGUGCCUAUGGUGGUGAUCAAAACUAUAGUGGCUAUGGCGGCUAUGAUUAUACUGGGUAUAACUAUGGGAACUAUGGAUAUGGACAGGGAUAUGCAGACUACAGUGGCCAACAGAGCACUUAUGGCAAGGCGUCUCGAGGGGGUGGCAAUCACCAAAACAAUUACCAGCCAUACUAAAGGAGGACGUUGGAGAAAACAGCGGGAACUUCAUUGCAGGCCGUGUGUCACCCUGACCACGUCUAUCUCUGGGGGUCGCACGUUGCGGGCAGAGCGCAAGGCAUACACCAGAAAACGCUGUCCUGUGGUAUGGUCUCUUCCAACUUCAUGUACCAGCGUAAAGAUUAAAGUGGAAAACUUCAGACUUUGGCUUCUUUUUUAAUCUUUUUGAAGAUUAAGUGUCUAAACUUAACUUAAAUGGUUUUUUACAGGAGUUAAAGUACAUAAAUGCCUUUUUACAGCUUAAUCAUUUUGGUCUUCUGUUUAGUGUUGUAUUUCAAUUGUGGAGCCUCAUUUUAAGUGUUCAUUCUUUAAGAUUUAAUGCUUGCUUUUUCUUUUUAUAGCUAAUAGUGAAAUCUACAAACCAAAACAAGAACUUUAAAAUCUGGGAUAUAAAUUAAAGAUCAUAUGCACACAGAAAUUUGUUGUCUUACAAUAUAAUAAGCCUAUUAGAAAUCCAUUUUUGUAAGAGCGUUUUUUUGGCUUACUAGAGAUAUUUCUAGUAGACCUUAAUCUAGCACAGUUCAAUCUGUGAAUAUGGGAAGAUUGCAUUCCCUAAUUCCUUAACUAAAUUUAAAUUUAGUAUCAUUUGGGAACUCCAGGGUGAAUUUAUUAAUGACCCAAAUUACAUUUUGCCAUUGAACAUGCAUGUGAUCUUUAAUUAUUGAAGAAAAGAAUAAAUUGAGGACUUAAAACAAUUCAUGAAAAUGGACCUUUGAAAGCUUUUAGAGUUGCACAAAUCUAAUUGCUAUUUUGUUUUUGUUUUUAGGAGGAGAUUGCUAAAGUUAACCCAUCUUGCAGGACGACAUUGAAGAUUGGUCUUCUGUUGAUCUAAGAUGAUUAUUUUGUAAAAGACUUUCUAGUGUACAAGACACAACUGUGUCCAACUGUAUAUAGCUGCCAAUUAGUUUUCUUUGUUUUUACUUUGUCUUUUGCUAUCUGUGUUAUGACUCGAUGUGGAUUUGUGUUUAUACAAAUUUUAUUUGUAUGAUUCCAUGUUAAACCUCAAAUAAAUGCUUCCUUAUGUGA